CUGCAAAUGAAGUGGAAUGCAGUCAAGGGUGCGUAGACUGUCAUCUGUAAUCUGUGUAUUCCGUAUGCCUCUUUCCCUUUCUCUCUCUCUCCCUCUCUCCGAUCGAUUACCUUCCGCGCUGUGCUUGUGCUGCUCUGCUCUGACUGAAGCUUUCCCAAUCAAUAAUCUCUUCGUGGCCUUUCCCCUCUUUUUCGUACAAACCCUAUCAACUCUUCCCAAUCGGUAACAGUGGGACAACUGGAGAUACAAAGAAAUCUGGAAAGGAACCUCACGCACCUCGACCGAAGCUUUCACAGUCUGCUAAACUGAUUCCUACUCGUUGUUGGCCGAGGAGACCAGCGAAUUUGUCGGAAAACACUUCGGAUUUUGGAUACCCAUAUCACGAGAGUGGGCAACACUGGUUUUUGAUUAUUGACCUUUCUCAGACAUCUGACUGCAUUUAUUUAUCGCAAUUUAAAUUAACUCCGGGAGCCGUGGAGUGUUUAAAAUGGCUGAUGGCAGUCCUAGGACUGAUACUUCAACUGAUGCAGAUACUGAAGACAAGAAUUCAAGGUUUCGGAACAAUCAAUUGCAGACAGUUGCUUCUGAUGGUAGUGAUAAAUCAAGAGAUCAAAAGACUCAGCGCAGGCUUGCUCAAAAUCGUGAAGCUGCAAGAAAAAGCCGAUUGAGAAAAAAGGCCUAUGUUCAACAGUUAGAGAGCAGCAGAAUGAAAUUGACACAGCUCGAACAGGAGCUUCAACGGGCCAGGCAGCAGGGGAUAUUCAUUUCAAGUUCAGGAGAUCAAUCGCAAUCCGUUGGGGGAAACGGUGCUUUGGCCUUUGAUGUUGAAUAUGCCCGUUGGCUAGAGGAGCAUAACCGACGGAUUAAUGAGCUCAGAGGCGCUGUCAAUUCGCAUGCGGGGGAUGCAGAACUUCGCAUUAUUGUGGAGGGCGUUGUGUCGCAUUACGAAGAAAUUUUUAAAGUAAAAGGGGAUGCUGCAAAGGCUGAUGUCUUUCACAUUUUGUCAGGCAUGUGGAAGACACCCGCCGAGCGAUGCUUCCUUUGGCUCGGUGGGUUUCGCUCGUCUGAACUUCUCAAGCUUCUUACAAAUCACUUGGAGCCAUUAACCGAGCAGCAGCUAUUAGCCUUAAACAACCUGCAGCAGUCAUCUCAACAGGCAGAAGAUGCCUUGUCACAGGGCAUGGAAGCUCUGCAACAAUCCUUGGCUGAGACAUUAGCAGGUUCUCUCGGCCCAUCAGGCUCGUCUGGAAACGUCGCCAGCUACAUGGGUCAAAUGGCAAUGGCCAUGGGCAAGCUGGGAACCCUCCAAGGCUUCAUUCAUCAGGCUGACAAUUUACGGCAGCAAACUCUCCAACAAAUGCACCGGAUACUAACAACUCGCCAGUCAGCUCGCGCCCUCCUCGCCAUCAGCGACUACUUCUCGCGCCUGCGUGCCCUCAGCACUCUAUGGCUUGCCCGGCCUCGCGAAUAGCAUCUCAAAUUAUUAAUAGAAUGUUGGCUUAGUGAUAUGAUAGACAUGACAACAUCACAUUCAACCAAGAUUGUUGUUUUCUGCCGAGACAAAAGGGAGACUCAAGAGAUCGAAACAAAAGUUGUCGCGUUGCUUCUCGACUGUGGGAUUGGAUUGGCAGACUGCUCUGUAAAAUUAACCUUUCUCCUGUCCCUGGUAUUUGUAUAACUUAUGUUUCUUGGGUUUUUACUUCUUCUAGCUUUGGUGGUUUUUGAAGAUGUAAUACAAGAAUUGACAAUGGACUGUUGUAAUGUGUAAUAUCUCAUUUGAAAUGGAAACACAGCACAGCAGCAGCAGCAGCAGCAGCACAGAUUUGGAAUUUUGGGGUAAAUUCAAAUUAUGAUAAAUUGUAGGGGUUGAAGCAGGAAUUACGUGAGUUUGGGUGCCGGAGUGAAAUUAACGAAUUUUUUGAGUACCAAUAGGCAAUUACUCCAUUAAAUUUGGUAGUUGUGUAAAGUCUAAGUCAAGGUGUGAAACAUAAGAAUCGGAUCACUAUUUGCUUACUUUUUCUAUCUAUAAAUACCGCCCUGCCUCUUCUUCCGUCGCUGCUCCCCUUUUCUAGGUUUUUUCUGGUUGCUAUUUGCGCUGUGCUUCCUUGUUUCGCGAGCGGAGGUGCUGUUUUGGUUUUGUCGUGUCGGCAGAACAUCUGUGUCCUGAGGUCAGGAGUAAGGGAUUCUUUAAAGAGUUUUAACAUUUCAGACAGCAAUGGAGGUAGGGGAAAAAAUCGACUGCUUUGGAGGGAUGAUGCGCUUCGGGUUUUAUGAUUCCACCCUCUUCCAAGACACUGCUAAGGCAUUCCUAACAGAGAGAUUUGAGUCACUGCCAUGUUGAGGUUACAAAUUGUGUCUGUGAACAUUGGUUCCAGGUGACUGACUGCAAGUGAUAGAGGGCUAUUAUAUUCUCUACUAGGAAAAAAAAUGCUGUUCUGAAAAGAAUCGAACCCCGCAGUGCAGAAACAUGAAAAUGCCUGCAAUGCUGUUGAAGAUGGAUGUUGUUUGUAGGUCAUGGAUCUAACUAACUUCAUGGAUCUGAAGCUGCAAAUUUUGCAGUUGUAUGAUGAGGGAGGCAUUCAUUGAUGAUUAAAUGUUGUACCAAUUAAUUGUCUUCUAGCUUUGUAUAGGUGUCCUGCCCUCAUGGCUUCUGUUUCUGUUACUACCAUUUUAGGUGAAAAAGCUUGCUUGCUUGCUGCUACUACAAUUCUCAAGUGUUCUCCAUCAUUGCCGCCCCAUCGUCGCAGGGCAUUCCGGAGGGAUUUCUUCGUUACUCAGCAUGGGUGAAGGUAAGCAAGGAGUGAUGGCGGUGGCUAUUGGAAAUAAGGCCGGCGGCGGAGGAGGAUUAGUGGGACUCCCCAAUCAGAACCCAAUUGUGUUGAUACAGGCCAAGUUGAAGGAGGUGGAGGUCAAGUUCAAGGAGUGGCUAGCUAA